AUGCGGUUGCCAUGGCUGCGGCCGCGACGCCGGGUCCCUGAGCGAAGGCCCCCUCGAGGCUGCCCGUACCAGCGCCUGCGGGACGCGGUGGCGCUUUCCUGGCCUCCGCCUCUGCGGACCCGCGCGCCGGGUGGGGCUGUUGGUUGUACUAAGUUGAAAUACUGUUUCCUUUUUCUCGUGAGGGGUUUUGCAGAUGAUGUGUUCAUAGGUUAUCCAACUUCACUUGUGAAAGUUGUUUGCCCAUGUGAUUAUGAGUGCAAUUCUGUAAAUGCUGUUCCUCAUUCGUUCUGUGUUACCUUAGACGUGCAGGCUGCUUGUCAGGAUGCCACUGUCACCCAGGAGCUUCUGAAAGAGGGGUUUCACAGGGACCUGCUGGUGAAGGUAGAACUCGGUGCAGUGGAGGAGGAUGCAGGAGGCUGCGCAGUGGCCAUUCAGACUCAUCUUCCACCAGGAAUGUACGUGGAUCCCUAUGAGCUGGCAUCAUUGCAGCAGCAAAACUUAACAAAGGUGGUGGUAAUUCCCGAUGUCGUUGAUGUGGAGGCUCCAGAGUACUUAGCCAAAGAUCUUCUUGUCCUCCUAUACCUGGAACCCGACCCUCAGUGCGCUCGCUGUUUCAGAGCUGCCUUGCCUGUGCACGUGCGAUACCACCGGCCGGCAGAAGAGAGCGAGGAAGCGUUGGUUGUUCUGAAGAGCCCAGAAGUACUGCUCUGCUGCUGUGCCAAUCGCCUGUCAGCAGAGUGUUGGAAGCCCGCUGAAGUGGAAGCUCCCUGUUCAGGCCAAAAUGUUGGUCCCUGUCAGUGGUACAGCAUAAUGCACAAACCUGCAUACGAAGAAUUGAUUCUGCAGGUUCCAGUGGGGCUCAGGCAACAUAGCUCCUUAGUGUGUGUCAUGACUCUUCUGGCCACGGUGCUCUGUUCUAGUCUGAUUCUUGCAGCUGCAUGCAAAUAUGGAGACUUCUCCCUGGUGAUUUAG